CGCAAGCACGCAUGUGGCGGUGACGCUGAGUCGGAAUCUGGAUUAUUUUGUGAUCUGAUCGCGGUGCAGUCUGAAAUUCCCUUCGGCUGCCGCAUAAAAGUGCAAUUUGUGACUCAAACCAUUGCCAAGUGGCCAAGCGAUGAGUUUUGGCCAUCGCUCGUAGUCAGCACUAGUGCGGAAGGGAAAAAGCAAAGCCUCGAAAUGUUUUGAUUGUGCUCUCCGUAUCGCGUGUUUUUGUUGUUUGUGCGGGGGUGCGGCAAAGGCGCUGAACCAGCAGCAACCAUCGCUUCUGUGAUACCGAGUCUGUUUGCAAAAACAUGACUUACGAACUGCCUCCGAUCGUACUACAAGGCAAAGAACUGAUCAAAUACCGCCACCUGAAGCGCAAAUAUCCCGUUUCCAAGGACUUCCUGGAGCGGAACUGGUGGAAUGCCAAGAGGUUUAUCAUUUACGCCCUCACUCCGCGCUGCAUCCUCCGGAAUUAUGCCUGGCGCCGACGACGUAGCCACCGUGUCCUUAUCGUGCGUCGCGUCCGCAUCCUGCUCUUCGAUCCGCGGCUUAAGCGGAUGAUCAAGCGCCGCCUGCAGAACGUGCGGCAGUGGUCCAGGAGCCUAGUGGGUCACUACAGGAAGAUGGGCAGGAUAGAAGAGUACGAGGAGACGGAGGUCUACAGCGUGGCCGAGCCUUUAGGAGCCGAGGAACUGUCAAAGCAGAUGAAGCAGCAACUGGAGCUGCUCAAAACGGGUAAGAGAAGCCUGUCCCUCAUAGAAGACGCGAAUCCCAGUGCGGAGGUCCCAGUCAAGAAACUUAAGAAGCAGCCUGAGAUUACCGAGGAGACGCCUAACGAAGAGGUCAAUGAUCGCCUCCAUGCUUCAGACCUCGCCCCCUCCAAGGAGGCAGCUGAAAGGACGCCAACGAAGUCGGCUGCGCAAGUUAUCGCCUCAGAGGAUGGCCCGACCCCGGCCACUCCCAGCAAGGAGCAGAGCGGUCAUACCAGCACCUGCUCCAGUGCCGAGAAGGCGAACAAGGGGGAAAAGGCCGGCGGAAGCAAGUUUCUGGACAUGCUCAUGAGCAAGGUGCGCGUAAAGAACUUUGCGCGGGAGGAAAACAUCCCAUCGGAGGUUAGUGUGGCUCCUUUCUGCGCCUCCGAGGACGACGGUAGCGAGGAUUUUGUGGGCUUCGACGAGAGUGUCCACCAGCCGGGCAUGCUGCUCACCCCGCUGGUUCCCAGCAAUUGUAAGACCACAGAGGGCAACUCCGCCUUUGUCAGCGAAUCCCUGGAUGCGUACAUGCGUGAGCAUCACAUUAAUAACUCGGAUUCAGUCCAAGACGAGAAAGACAAGUUGCUCGAGCCAAUGGGACACGAUGGUCAGGUUACCUCGCACAGUAUGCCGCCGCCUAUGGACAUGCCAGCCGUUCCGGAAGCACUGCAGCGCUUGCGAACAGUGGCGGAAAGGCGUCAGUAUCUGCAGCGUUGCAAAAACCACAAAAUGGGAAUCAUCAACAAUGAGGCUAAUGUGUACAGAGAGUUGCAGCGAAAGCAGCGCCAGAGAAAGGUCAAGAUCGGCGCCAUGCAGGCUCUACAGGCACCCGACUCCCAAAUGCCCUUCACACGCCAGGGCUGGCAGGCGGCCAGUUAUGUGGCCACCGAGGAUUCCAACUACUACUAUCAGGUAAUCCAGGUGGAUGGGGAGUUGGUGCGUUUGCCGGGCGCCCGCGGCAACAACUUAAAGCGCGAGAAAACUCCUUACUUGAGCAGACUAACUCGCAAAGAAGAAAAUGAACUCAAGUGCGGUGACUAUUGCUUGGAUGCCCGUAUCUGCAGAGAGUUACAGGUGAUACCCACGAAAGUGAGUCCGCCAAGGAACCCCAAGCUUCUCAACCAGUUUCCGUUGCCCGCCAUUUUCCGCCCCUGUCCGCUAUCCAAGAAACCGCUGCAGAGGCCACUGGACGACGAUACAGCCGCGUUGCUCCUCGCAGGUGGCAGCAUGGCAGUGGUUAGCAUGCCAAAUGUGCAGCUAGACGUGAUGCCAGAGCUAGGCCGACCUCUGGACGAGAUUGCGAAGCGGUAUCUGCAGCACAUCUUACCCCAUCACGACAUAACACGCGAGUGGGCCGAGUUCAGUGUGUCCACGCUGCAGGCGCCUCCCGCCUGUAUGAAGGAUGCAGAGGAGCAGGCUGCUCAAACACCAGCCGGUCGCCGCAAGAGUUUCACCUUCGUUAUUCCCUACCUCAACGAUCGGAACCACAUUCUCGUGCGGCGCGUGGUGGACCGAUCCGAGCUUUUGGACGAAAGCUUUAACGAGGAGCCCGACAAGCUACAAGAGUUCGCCUUCCGCAAAAAGCUUCCUGCCCAACCAGAUGCCGAAACUCUCGCCUGCGCAGAUAUGAUCAACGACAUGAUAAACACUGUGGCCAUCAGCUGCAGCGAAAACAGCUUUAUAAGCGAGGAUCCAGAUGCGGUUGCUUCGUUGGCCAAGUCCUCCGAUUUGGGUCCCCCUAAGGAGGAGUCGGCCGCGGACAAGACGGGCGGCAAGGCAAAGCGACUGCCUAACAAGCAGAAGCGCCUAGCCAAUGAAUUGAGGCGACUGAAUGCCACUAUCAUUGAUGCUGCUGCCAGAAAUGCAGACGCUAACAAGCCCUGCAUUAAAGAUUACUGUCAGUUGGGUUGCCUGUGCACCAGCCUCGCAGGUACAGAAUUGCCCGUACGGGAUCACUGCGGGCGUGCAGAUUGUGUCCUAGACUGCCGUUGCCUGGGUGCGGAGCAAGGUCGUGUAAUGCGCGUGGAGGCUGCAGAUGGUCGCGGAAUUUCCAACGAGGAUGCGUUCAACUUGCGACGUAAAGCCACUGCUCGACUGGCCAAAAUGGAGAAGGACUUCACCUCCACCUUGGUGCUCACCGACAACGAGACUCUGCUGAUCAACGAGUCGCAGGGGGACAAGAAGCGACGCUGCACCAAGGCGCCCAAGCGUUACGAGGACUUCGAUGACUCCAUGUUCGACGAGGAGGAGAAGGAAGUGGUAUCACCAACCUCAAAGAAGCAAAAGAAGAUUGCCGCUGCCGCUGCGGCUGCAGCUGCUGCUGCCGCUGCCAAUGCCAAGACAUCUGCUUCGGCUCUAAGCGAACCGUGUUUCGUGAAGGAGACGGAUCUGGCCAAGCUGAAGCAUUGCUUUGUGGGACUUCGCCGGUUGUCAGACAUUGAAAACUUGGCGACGUUCUGCAUGACCCACCAGCUGUAUAAGUGCUUCUGUGGCGGUGACUCCCCCGACGGCAAGCCUGUGGUUAUCGAAAAGGAACAAUGGAACGCGCCAGUGACCCACUUUAAUCCAGAACUGGCCACAAGGGCGCACUACAGUUUUGAGAGACCGCCGGAGGAAAUUCCCACAAAGAAGAAGAAGAAGAAGGAAAAGAAAGCUAAACUCAAGCUGGAGCAAAAAGCGAGCGAAGAGGAGCAAAAGCCAAAGACCAAAGAAGAGGAGACUACACCACCCAAGACUGAAUCCACGGAAGAACCGAAGGCAGCUGUUUCCUCAUUUAACGAUGAGUCUCCUCUCCAAAGGUCUAUUGAGUUAGAUACGAUAUUUAGCUAUUUCCGCUCGCGCCCUCAACUCUGCCGGCGAGCCAUUUCUGUUCCAAAGAACUCCUACCAGCGCCUAAACCAACGAAGAGCGGAACGCGUGCGCAAUCAAACCGCCCGACAAGAGACUGCAGAAACAAUGGAGCUCCUUAGGAGUCGCAUUCAGGGUGCCAUUAACUACUACCGCAAGGAACUCGAUCGACAACGUAAGCGAGAGUUCUCCAAAAAGGCUAAGACCUCUGUCAUAGAAGUGCGCGAUGAUUCCGAUGGAAGCGAGGCUAGCACGCGUCAGAAAAGGAGUGGAACCCCUACCACGGAUGCGGCUCCGGUCAAGCGCAUUAAAAUCCAAGCGGAUGAACCUCUGCCGCCGGAGGAGGGCAAUAAGUUGGACAUUCAAGUGCCCCGCAUCGCUGCCUGCUAUUCCCUUAAUUCCGCUUCCGUGGAUGUUCUGGCAUCUGGAAUGGCUGCUGCAGCGGCUUCCGCCACCGGAGCGGAUAGCAAUUCCGCUGAGACGGAUUCUCCCAACUUCCGGUCUUUCUACAACGAGGUGGUCAAGAACAUGAACACUCUGGUCAGCAAAAAGAUGCAGGACAUUGACCUGGCGCUGCAGCGGGAGAGCAAGAUAAUACCGUCCCCCAACGAGGAAAUUCUUUGUAUUAUCAAGUGGACCAACUUUCUGGCGGCCUUCGAAUCUGGUUUCGUAUUCAUUUGGGACGUCCAAAUGAAGAAUCAUAGCUUCUUGGCGGCCACCACAACAAACCAAAUGCCCUCAGUGUGCGGCGCAAUAGCUGUAACAAACACCCAGUUUGCACCGGAUCCUCGAGCGCUACCUUUAAUGGCUCGAAUGCUCAUGAAUUCCACCCGAAAUGUAAAUACCAACCGCCUGGCGGUGGUGAUGCAGGGCAGGCAGAGCUACUGGCUUGUCAAAGGAUUUCUGCGACAUAUGGAGGGAAAUGCGUGCACGAAGCCCACGCCGGAGACGCAUCCAUUGCUCACGAAAAAGAUCAAUGUGCUGUGCUCGCUGCUGGUGAAGCAGCGCAUCCGGGAGCACCAGAAGAAGCUGCAGGCCGGUGGCGGCUCACAGUCUGAAACGCCAAAAAGCUCUGCAGCCGAUGUCCCUCCGUCAAGCUCGCUUCUCAAACAGCGCUCACGGGACCAUCAGAAAAAAUCACAGAGCGAGGGUGCCACAUCCAGUGCAACAUCGUUAGCAAAAGCUGUUUCAAGUUCUCCCGCGCCUGCUGCUACUGUGACAACUGCCUCGUCAAUCCUUGGGGCAGCUGCUGCUCCCCCUUGUCAUGGCAAGAGUUCAUCACCCGGUACCAAAACCAAAAGCAGCGCUGCUGGGAUCCGAAGCAACAUCGAGUUUAGAAAGGUUAACCACAAUGAUGUGGAUGAGCUACAAAUACCCGAGCAACACAAGGCCGACCACCGUUGGGUGGUGCUCGACAUUUUCGAUGACUUUUCGCACAUCUUUGUUCCCGCCUUCGGGGACAUGAUCUCUCUGACCAGAAUCCACAGCGUGAUGAAGGUGGCUGGGGAGACACAGAAGGUGGUGAAGCUCCAGUUCUUUCCCAAUUCGCCAUACGAUGCUUUUGUGACGCCAUCCUCAAGAAAAAAGAUCUACUUCGGACCGCUGAGCCUGGACAUGCCGCCGCCAGUGCUGGUGCUGCUGCAGAGCGUUGACAGGAAGAUGAUGCUGCGCGAGGUUUACCAGCGGGAGCACUCUAUCCCCAUCCAGCGGCACCGUCGGAGCAUGGCCUUCUGGGUGCUGCACGUUAACGGGCAAGUGCACUUCGAGAUAGACAUGGAGUCGACGGCUAAGCUGGCAGCGAAACAAAAUAAUUCCACCGAAACAUCCAGUCUUAAUGUGCUAAAAAUACCUUCGCAGCUGUCUGUGGAAUUGGAAAAGAAUGAUGAGGCGGUCCCGCCGGUGGUCAUCAUUGAUAGUGAUGAGGAAGAUGAUGAUCAUGAUCAACUGGUUAUCGAUGAACGGGAGGACCACAAACUAGUCACAGAGAUUAAGCAGGAACAGCCGCGCACGAGCUUCACCAUUCAGACGAUGCCCUCCAGUGGCGCUCUGCAAAUAACUGCCGCGGAGUCGGUAGACCCACCACCACGUCCUUCCAAAGAUGUGACCACCUGCAGUGGAGGCUUCAGGCCUUUCAUUUCGAAUGUACCCGCCUCAAAUGGGGAGGUAGCACCCACCACCCAAUAUCUGACUCCGCAAGUGCAGGUUACCACGUCGUUAAAUGUUCCCGAGUCCGCCUCGUCCAGUUUGUUGGCGCAACCGUCAGCAGGCAAGGCGGUACACAACAGAAUCAACGAGUCUCUGCAGGAGCUUCUUAGCAGUGGGAAUACUAUAACGCCUGGAGGCAUAACAAUAACCAAGUUGGACGGCAAGGAGAAGAAAUUUCCAAGCGAAAGCUUAAACAAGCGCAUCCCGGUUAUAACCGGGAUUGCGAAACAAGCUCCUAAGGCGCUACCAGCACCGGGGACAGGUUCUGCGGCCAGAGCGCCUGUCAUCAGGCCAUUGCCUGCGCCCGCUUCCAAAGGCGCUCAACUCAUACGACCCAUGGCACAGGGGCAGGGGACGGUGGUCAGGUUAUAUCCGAAAGGAGCCAUUGCUUCCAAUCGGCAGUCCAUGCCGGGAAGCUCUAAACAGGCGGUAACCGCAACACCACGUCAGUCCCUGCCAGCCAAGGUUACAAAUUCCAGUGAUAAAUUAUCUCCAGUUGGCAGCUCCAAGCUGCCUGUCUUAACUGAGCAAUCGGCACGAAAGUCGCUCCCACCGCAACCUACCAGUGAGGGGGAACAUCUGCCCUCGCGACAAUCUCUGCCAGCCAAAGUAGUCGUCAGGUCUCCUGCAGCAGUGCGCCCGGAAUUGGUAGCAGCUACUGGCCAACAGCCCGCCAACGUACCCGCAGCUCAGCAGGGAAACGAGAGGACCUGCUAUGGCAUUAUGGGUGCCAAGGGUUUGCCUCGCUUCCGCGUCAAAGUACAUGGUUCGGACUUCUAUGUCAAAGUACCAGAAGAGGGAGUUUUCCGCUUUAAAACGUUCGGAUCUGCCGCCGGCUUUCUCAAUCGGCAUUUGGCCAAGUCCAAUCCAGAAUUCAAACCGUUCUUGCCGGCACAGUGGAAGUUUCAGGCCUUGGAGCAGACCAACAACCAAGUGCCAUCUAAGAAUCAGCUGCCGCCGGCCGCCAUCGUGAUCGAAGAUUGAAGCGCUUUACUUUGGUUGGCCAUCACACUCAUACUAUGGUCAACUUACCAGGUAGAUGUAAAGGCAGCAGACACAGCUCACAAUUUCCGGAUACAUAUUUAAUAUGUAAACUGUUUAGUUAUAGCUCUAGAAUAUGUCGUCUUAUUGAGUUGUAUUAUUGCCAAUUACUUUUAAAAAAAAGUAUUAGCAACGACCGCCACCAAGUCAAUGCAAAAUUGUUAGGGAUAAGUAUUACCUCCUCUAUUGGUUAUCAUCAUAAAUCCAUGAACUUAGCUGCACUUACUAAUAAUGUGGUUGAAAAGGCUGUUUAAGUUUAUAUUCCGCCGCUCAAUUUCAAAGCCUUAUUGAUUAAGCAGCACAAGUUCUAUAGUUUGUAUCUAAAAUUAAAAAAAAUAUAUUUUAAAAUAUACUUAAGACAU